GACAACAAAUAAAACGACCAUAUAUAUAUAUAGUGAUUAUUAUAUGUUGCUCACUAUACGAUGAUGGUCAUGAUUUGGUUUUGGUUGUUGAUGAGCUUCAUUGACAUCACCAAAGGUAUCCCUUAUCUUAGUCUAAGAAUUAAUUGCCCAAAAAUAAUUUCUUCUUAUUACACUCUUCCUAACAGCACCUAUAGAGCCAACCUUGACCUUCUUCUCUCUAAUCUUUAUUCCAAUGCCACCCGAGACAAUGGCUUCUACCACACCACAGUCGGCGACGGGAGUUCCAACGACACCCUGCACGGCUUGUUCUUGUGCCGGGGCGACCUCCCCCCCUACGCUUGCCGCAACUGCAUUGGAGAUGCCCGUGAGGAGAUAUUGGAGCUUUGCGGCGGCGCAACGCCGGCGAUUAUUUGGUUCGAUGAGUGCAUGUUGCGUUACUCGCACAAGUCCAUGUUUGGGAUAUUAGACACAUCAACCUACUUCACAGUGACAAGCAAGGGUGACAACGAUACCCAACCAAAUGGGUUCAUUCAGUUGGUGCAAAACAUGAUGGGUCAGUUAAUCACUCCGGCGGCGUUAUCCACCGGAAACAAGAAAUUUGCAGUAUUAGAAGCAAAUUUUAGCGUGUUUGAGACGGUGUACGCUCUUGGACAGUGUACUCCUGACCUUUCUAACGAUGACUGUCAGAUUUGCCUCACAAAUGCUAUUUCAAUGCUGUCUCGUUACUGUUUUGGAGCCUUAGGUGCUAGAGCUGUGUUCCCAAAUUGUAACGUUAGGUAUGAGAUCUUCGCUUUCUACCAUCUCUCCGCCUUGAGAACACCGGCGGCACCCACUAUAGUUCCCAAUUCCGCUACCACCAAAGGGAAUAAAGGAAAAUCUUCUGCAAAAGUGAUUAUUAUUAUUAUUGCAGCCUCUAUAGUGUCAGCCAUUGGGAUACUACUCUUCGUUUUAUGCUUCUAUUUCUUGAAAAUGAGAAGAGCAAACAAGUCACAUUCUAAUGUGAAGGAGAAAACUAGUGGUAUGACUGAUAUUCCAACUGAGCAGUCGACACAAUAUGAUUUUAGUACCAUUCAAGCUGUCACAAAUUACUUCUCCCCUGAUAAUAAAAUUGGUAAAGGGGGAUAUGGUGCCGUUUACAAGGGAAGGCUUCCAAACGGGCAAGAGGUAGCAGUGAAGAGGUUGUCAAAGAAUUCAACACAAGGAAGUGAAGAAUUCAAGAAUGAGGUUGCAUUGGUUGCCAAGCUUCAGCAUAGAAAUUUAGUAAAGCUGCUAGGGUUUUGUUUGCAGGGAGAAGAAAAGAUACUCAUCUAUGAAUUUGUUCCCAAUAAGAGUCUUGAUUACUUUUUGUUUGAUCCAGAGAAGAAGCACCUAUUGAAUUGGUUCAUUCGUUAUAAGAUCAUAGGAGGAAUAGCACGUGGAAUACUUUAUCUUCAUGAAGAUUCACAUCUCAAAAUCAUACAUCGUGAUUUGAAAGCAAGCAACGUGCUAUUAGACGGAGAUAUGAAUUCAAAGAUAUCCGACUUUGGCCUAGCAAGAAUUUUUAUGUUUGAUCAAACUCAUGGAAAUACAAGUAGAGUUAUCGGAACAUAUGGAUACAUGUCUCCGGAAUAUGUUUUGCAUGGCUUGUUUUCAGUGAAGUCAGAUGUUUUCAGUUUUGGAGUCCUACUCUUGGAAAUUAUAACCGGAAAGAAAAACAGUUCUUUGUCCAUGCACUCAACUGGAACGCAAGAUCUUCUUAGCUAUGCUUGGAAACAUUGGAUGGAGGGCAAAGCAUUAGACAUGGUGGAUCAAAGUCUUGGAGGUUUGUAUUCUAGAAAUGAAGUGAUCCAAUGUAUCCAUGUUGGGUUGUUGUGUGUCCAAGAAGAGGUGGAAGAUAGGCCAACAAUGGCGAAUGUUGUGCUGAUGCUCAAUAGUCAUUCUGCUACAAGGAAUACACCUAAUCCACCUGCAUUUUUCAACGGUUUCAGUCAGAUGAUUUCGGCAGGAGAAGAGACGGACCAAUCCAGAAGCAAGCCACAACCAUUGUCUGAGAAUUAAGUUUCUACAUCAGAGUUGUAUCCUAGAUAAUUUUAAGAAGAUCCUAUGCCACCUAUUGGAUAGAAAAAUUGUUGGCAAGAAUGUAACUUAACCUUCAAAUAUAAGAAUUAUGUUCUGGGGCUCCAUCCACUGAGCUGC